GGCUCCUACUCCUGUGGUGGUUACACCAGCAAAUAACUCCAUGCUGCAAACAGUAGGGAAGGGGGUUAGUUAAAGGCAGUGUAAUCCUGGCCUGCUCAGCCCAACAGCAACCAAUUCAUUUAAUAAAAGGAGGAAAAAAAACAUUUCUUUUGGAGGGAGGCACGCAUUAUUCCAUAUUUGGUGCUGUUGUUAGUGGGUGCUGCUAGCCAAGCAGAGCUUCAGCUUCUUCUCCCACCCGACCUUUUCCAUAUCACUCAAGGAGGAGAGGGAAGGAGGGAGCUCAGCUCAGACUCUUGCUGCCUGCAGAGGAGGUGGUGGAGAGGAGGGAGAAACAGAGAGAGAAGGGAGCUAGCUCCUUUUUCUUUCAGGAAUUGUUAUUUUAUCCUGGGAAGGAUCUGAUUUUGUCCCCAUAUUGGGAGGAUUGAUUAUCUUUCUCAGCUCUCCCCUUCUUCCCCUCCCCUCGACCCUCUCAGACUCAACAAGAUCAGCUUCGCUGUGGAGGCAAUCCCUGACUGCCUUGUUGCCUGCUCCUCCAGUGCUCCCCAUGAGAGCAGCACGCCACACCUUCAGAUUGAUCAGAAAGGCUAAGUCCGAAUCGGUAACACGCCCGUGAAGCAUCUUUGAGGACUCAGUGAUUAAACAAGGAAAGCUGUAAGCGAAAGGUUUCUGUCGGCUGCUGAAAAGUUGAUUCAUCAGUCAAUUUCCAAGGUGGUUCUGCAUACGCAGUAUCUUUUGCAGUAAUCUUGAUCUGCGAGCGGCCAGAACUGGAUGAUGGCUACUUAUUACUCGAGCCAGGGCAGUGAAAGGGACUCACAGAACAUGUAUUCUAGAGAACCCAGCAAUGCAUCCUAUCCUAUGUCGUCGGCUCUAGGGAACUUGCUUUAUCUGAACAAUCCUGCUUCUGGACCAUACACAGAGUUCAGUGGCAUUCUACAGUCCCAGCAGAAUUGCAUGGAGAUGCCUGAACCUGGCCAUCCUUCAGUGAUGUCCCAAGACUCAUCUGCAAGGGAGUCCGACAUGCUUGGUUCCCACCAGGGUCAGCGCUCUUUCGGCCUAGUCAAAGAUAUGAAGAACGAGAUGUUGAUGCAUAUGAUGGAUGGGUCACAGAGCAGUACAGCUGAUCUCAUCCAUGAUGAUGCCCAAAAUGGUAUCCAGCUUGAUUUUGGUGUUCUGAACAACCACGGCUCGUCGAACAUUCCCUCAGUGCAAGGCCAAGGUUUAUCUCUCAGCCUCAACACACAAAUCCUGGCACCUUCCUUGCCAUACUGGUCUGUCAAACCAGAUAUGUUGUCGCCACACUCUUACCAUGACAGUCUUCGAGUCGAUGACAUCCGAAUGAAGAGUAUGCAGUCUGAGUCCUCACGAGCAAUCCGGAACUCAAGGUAUCUGAAAGCAGCACAAGAGCUGCUUGAUGAAGUUGUGAACGUUUGGAAGAACAUUAAGCAGAAAGCCCAGAAAGAACAGGUAGAAGCAGGAAAGACGGAUGGCAAAGAGACCGAGGGAGGGCCGAAAAGUGAGGGUGUGUCCUCUAAUCCGCAGGAAUCUGGUGCCAAUGCAGCACCGGAGCUUUCUACUGCUGAGAAGCAAGAGCUUCAGAACAAGAUGGCAAAGCUGAUGGCAAUGUUGGAUGAGGUGGACCGGAAAUACAAGCACUACUACCAUCAAAUGCAGAGUGUUGUUUCGUCUUUUGAUAUGGUAGCUGGGCCUGGAGCUGCCAAGCCUUACACUGCAGUUGCUCUCCAGACAAUCUCACGACACUUCCGGUGCCUGAAGGAUGCUAUCAAUGAUCAGAUCAAUGUCAUCAGGAAGAAGCUCGGGGAGGAGGAAAGUUCAUCUGGCAAGGAGGGCAAACUAACUCGUCUCCGGUACAUCGAUCAACAGCUCAGGCAACAACGAGCUUUCCAACAGUAUGGCAUGAUCCCACAAAAUGCUUGGAGGCCACAGAGAGGGCUUCCUGAAAACUCUGUUACCAUUCUUCGUGCUUGGCUCUUUGAGCAUUUCCUUCACCCGUACCCUAAAGAUUCUGAAAAAUUGAUGCUAGCAAGGCAAACAGGCUUGACAAGGAGCCAGAUUUCAAACUGGUUCAUCAACGCCCGUGUCCGUCUCUGGAAACCGAUGAUCGAGGACAUGUACAAAGAAGAGAUUGGAGAUAUCGAGCAAGACUCCAACUCUUCCUCCGACAACACGCCAAGAAGCAAGGGCAAGAUGGUAUCUUCUGAAGACAAGGAAGACCCGAGGAGUUGUACGCCUCGGGUCUGCGAGAGCAGUCAGCUGAGCGAGUCAAGAGGCAGCAUGAGGACCAUGAACGCCGUCGGCGGUGGAGCAGCCAUGGGAUUCCAGAACGAGCCCAACCCUGACGACACCUUCAUGAACCUGAUGCUGAAGGACCAACGAUCAAACGGAGAAGAAGAUGGCGGCCUCCUCCUCCACAAUGCCGUGGCGCAGCAUCAAGAUGAGAACGCCCGGUUCAUGGCGUACCACCUGGCGGAACUUGGGAGGUACGGGAACGGCAAUGUGUCGCUCACCCUGGGGCUGCAGCACUCCAGCAGCAGCAGCCUCUCGGUUCCCAACGCCCAGCAGAGCUUUCCUGGUGUCGGUGUCGGUGUCGGAGACGAUGACAUCUACAACGCCGCCGCCGCUCCCCUCGGUGUCAGCGUGGCGUCGUCGGACUACGAGACGAUGAACCAGAUGGAUCAACGGCAACGGUUCGAGCAGUCACCCCUUCUGCAUGAUUUUGUGGCCUGAAGAAUGCUCAUUUGCUCAUACAUCAGAUGAUUUGUAUUUAGCACCUGCCGGCCGGCCGCCCGCCCAGGUGAAUAACAUAUAUAUGUGCCUGAAAAGGAGCAUUGUUGGGUUGUAGCCUGUAGUUUCAAUUGGAUACAGAUUUGGAGGUAUAGCAGGAAAUGUAAUAUAGUGUAGGUGGUUGGGGUGAUAGGGUAAAAAAAAAAGGGAUCUUGUAAAGAUGAAACACACUAUACUAUACGUGUAAAAGCUUGUGAUUUGGGGUCACCAUACUGUAAAGUAAUGGCUUCUUAGGGUCCAGGAAUAUAUUGGUAUAUAUGAUGAUA